CCUACCUACUACUUCUUGUUAUAACACUAGCACAGUUACAACAUGUCGAAAUAAAUACCAAAUCACACUUUAAAAUAAUAUCAUAAAUAGUUUACUGAUAACGCUUACACAGUUCCCUCGAAAACGUUUGGUUUCCGGUAUUCACAUGGUUACCUUUAUUUUCUGGACAGUUUUAUGUUGUUUACACUCAAUCCAGGGCCUUAUUGAACUACCCCAGGACAUUAUAGCAGCAGGAUUGUUAAAAGGCGUAUCAAGUCAAAUAUUCGCUCCAAACGAGUCAAAACUACAGGAGUUUGCUGUCAUAUUUAAUCACUACGUGAAUCUGACUGUGAGAGAGAAGGGGAGCAGAGAAGUAUUGAGUAGACUAGCGACUGGGUGGACUAACUCUACUGGAGAUGACGAAAGCGAUGACUUGUAUGGAUCGCUAGCAUGGGAAACUGCCUUAGAUGAUGCAUUGGCCGAAGAAAAUAUAACAGUAGACAACAACAAACUACUCAACGGUAAAAUCGUGGAAUAUCUCGAAACGUAUGCUAGUAACCCCGAGAAUGUUAAAGCGUUAGCCCAUUUAUACCUGCAAAGACUGGAUUGGGACACGAAGCCGAACUUAACAAGACUUGAUGACAAUGAUUUGAAUACUAACGAUACUGACGCUGCUGGUAGUGGAACAGCCAUUGAAGAGAAUCCAUUUUGGAAUCCAGAUGACACUCCGACCCGGCGGAUCUUCAGGGGAAAGACAGUCAAGAUCAAAAACUAUCCGUUCAUAGUGAGCGUUCACAUUUUGAACGUGUUCUACUGUGCCGGUUCCAUCAUUAAAGACGACCUCGUCAUCACCGCUGCCUCAUGUUUGCAGCUCGCCCACAACAAUCGCUUCUACCGCGAGAACCCCAGCUUCAUCGCCAUCCGCGCCGGAUCUAACUACUUCUUCUUAGGCGGCGAGAUUAUCCCUGUCAUACGAGUGUACUUCCAUCCCUCAUACGAUCCUAAAACCCUGCACGGUAACCUAGCUGUCAUGCAGCUCCAAAGGGUCCUCAGAUUCAGGCAUAAGAACGUGAAGAAGAUCGAGAUUGACCGAGCUGCGUCCGCUUUGCCCGAAAACACGCCGCCCAUUACUAUUCUUGGGUGGGGCGCUACAGGGGAGAGCAAUGUACAAUAUCAUAGAAAAAAGUUACAUGCGGCUAGUCUGGACUACUACGAUAGAGAGUCGUGCAGGGAAGUAUACGGAAAGAAGUACGUAACUAGAACAAAUUUCUGCGCCGGUUUCAUAUCAAGAGGCGAAGGUGCAUGCAAUCAAGACGUAGGCGACCCGGCCGUCACGGGUAUGUACCUGGUGGGCGUCACCAGCUUUGGCUCUCCGAUUUGCGGACGACCUGACACGCCCACAGUGUUCACCAAGGUCGGGUUCUAUGCCGACUGGAUUCAAGCCCUCAUGGAUCAGGAGAAAAUUCGAAUCAGUCGCAGUACUACAACAGAACGACCCUUUAGAAUAUUGGAUAAAAAAAUCAUUCUAUACGGGCUCGGCGAGGAAACAGCACCAAUCCCCUUACAACGUGAAGGGACAAAUACCGAGCCAGCCCAAGACACUGCACACAUAGAUGAACACCUUGAAAUAGUGCUGAAUGAACUUAAAAAGCUUGGAAUGCAAAGCAAAGAGAGUGCGGAUCUAAUUCGAAACAUACAACCUGGAACUCCCCAAAAACAAGAGAUAAGUUUACCAGAGGAAGAACAAGACCCCGAAAUAAAAUACAUUGAACCUGGUACCGAAAAUAAUCCAGUAGGAGUACAUCAAAUUAUUGAUUCUUAUCGGACUCAAGAAGAAGAAACCGGUAAUGCAUUAAGAGAAGAAGAUCAACACAAUGAAGAUCCUGAAACCAAAGAGGAAGAAGAAGCCAAGAAUACAUCUCUAGAAGAAACGAAUGUGUACAGAAGUGACGUUGAUUCUGAUGGUAUAACUAUGAAUCCAGUAGAUCGCGCAACCAAAGUAAUUGAUUUUGAACCAAAACCAACAGAGUCAAGAGAAAUUCAGAUAGAGAACGUUAGAGUGACAGAACCACCGGAUAAUCAUUUCAAUAUGGAUUCUGAAUCUGAUUUCCCUGAGAACGCUGGUUCAGCAAAAAAAUCAAUGACUGAUAAUAUUGGUCCCGUAGAAUCCAUAUCAAGAGAAACAGGUGUUACUUUAAUCAAAAAACAACUUCCAGUAGUUAAAAACGACGAUUCUGUUUUAAGAAAAAAACAUCGUAAUCCUACUACUGUAGUCAAUUUUCAGAUCGGAAAUAAACAAAUGCCACAAACAAAUAACCACACUGUGCAUAAGGGUUACGUCCCUCCAAAUCCUCCAAAUAUUCUUGGGAAUCCACAUCCUAUUGACUUGGAAUAUGAUGGUACAAAUAAUUUGCCUAAAUAUCAGGAAUAUCAUGAAGCUACUCAAAAUGAAAAUAAUAAACAAGUGCAAAAUCCAGAAGUUGAUAAAAAUUUUGGUAUUGACAAAAUAAUUUGGAAAGAAAAUCGUGAACCUACUACCGAUAAAGAAGAAAUAGGUCAUGUUGAACUUGCAAAUGAUAUUUCAGACGAUAUUGUAAAACAUGAAAUCCAAAAAUUAAUAGAACAGCUGGAAAUAAGCAGUGAGUUAAACUCACAAACCGACGUCUACAAGUCUACUGAUCAUAGUCCGUUACGCAAUAAUCUGAAAAAUACAGAUACUCGUAAAAUUAAAGAUUCAGACACCAUACUAACUUUCCUUUAUUUGACAGAUGUUGAGGAGAAAAUCCAUCGACGAGCGAAAUCAGACACAAGUGACGAAGGAUUGAGUAUAGAUCCAAAACCGUUUAAAAAACAAAUUAACGACAGUAAUCAAUUAAUAGGGAAAAGUGAAAUAUACACAAUUUUUGCGAACGUCAUGAACACUGUAAUUAAUAAAACAUUGGAGUAAAAUUU